AUGUCUAUCAGACAAUUCAAAGUCGCCGUCUCACAGGCUGAGCCCUGCUGGUUUGAUCUAGCGGCUGGAGUCAAGAAGACGCUCAAGUUGAUCGAAGAGGCUGCGACCAAUGGAGCUUCCCUCGUUGCCUUUUCCGAAGUCUGGCUCCCAGGAUAUCCCAACUUUGUGUGGAGUGGAACAUAUACCGAGAACAUCCCUCUCGUCCAGAAAUACAUGCUGAACAGUAUGAGUGCUCACGGCCCAGAGAUGCUGCAGAUUCGUCAAGCGGCAGCAAAGCACAACAUUUACGUCUGUCUCGGAUUCAGCGAGAGGGAUAACGGAAGCCUAUACCUCGCAAACGUCCUCAUCGAUUCAAAGGGCAAGGUCCUUCUCCACCGACGGAAAAUCAAGCCGACGCAUUUGGAAAGGACCAUAUUCGGGGAUUCCACGGGCGACUCUCUUAACAAUGUCGUUGACACACCGCUAGGCAAGAUUGGAGUACUCAACUGUUGGGAACAUUUCCAGCCUCUGCUGAAAUACAACACAUAUGCUCAAGGCGAGCAGGUUCAUAUCGCAGCAUGGCCAUUCAAUGGUCCACACACUGAUGGCGCUGCGCCGUGGUCGGUGUGUAAUGAAGCGAAUGAGGUCACCGCGAGUCGAAUGUACGCAUUGGAAGGCCAGGCGUUUGUUCUCGUCACCAACCAGCCUCUUUCAGCCGCUGGAGGCAAGAAGAACACAGAGGGUCAGCUCAGCGCAGGUGCGGGAAGCUUCAUGUUCAGCGAAGGGGGUGGUGGCGGUAAUGCUGGCGUGUUUGGACCGGAUGGCAAGAAGUUGACAGAGCAGACUGAUCCCUUGUUUGACGGACUGGUUUAUUGCGAUAUUGACCUUGACGCCAUCUACCUGGCCAAAGCGAUCGCUGAUCCAGUGGGCCACUACUCGCGACCUGACUUGUUACGCCUGGUCCGCGAUGACGAGCCCAAACACUAUAGCAGCAAGGCGGGAUCAAAGCCAGCGACUUUGGUGUCCAUGUUCAAGAACCUCGAGGAGACCGUAGCGGACCUGGAGCCGAAGGAGUAG